AAUAAUCCAGAUUUACAGCCCAAAAGUUGCAAGUACAGACCUGUUAAUAUUUUGCUAUAUAAACACCCACUUGCUUCUGGCUUUGCACCGCUCAGAAUCCCAUAUUUGCCGUUUGCAAAGAGACCUGCGCCUCGGUACCCACUUGCUGCUCUGCUUACUCUGCUGCCUAGUGCCUGCUAUAUCUCUCCUUACCCAUAAACUCCUGCCAAGCAACCAAGAAAGAAAAAAGAGAUAUCUGACUCUUUCAGGGCCAUCCUAAUCUGGGUUCUCUUUCUCCUUUCAAGAUUUGGUGGAGAAAAUAUUGAAGACAAUGGCUAUUGCUCAUUUCUUGUUCGGGAUCUUUGGAAACGCUACUGCUCUGUUCCUCUUCUUGUCCCCAACAAUUACAUUCAAGAGGAUCAUACAGAACAAGUCCACAGAGGAAUUUUCAGGCAUUCCUUACGUGAUGACCUUGCUUAACUGCCUCCUUGCCGCCUGGUAUGGCCUUCCCUUUGUGUCCACUGACAAUCUUUUGGUGGCAACAAUCAAUGGCACCGGUUCGGCAAUCGAGUUUAUAUAUGUGAUCAUCUUCCUCAUAUUUGCGCCAAAGAGGGAGAAAGCUAAGAUUUUCGGGUUGCUGAUGUUCGUGCUGGCGGUGUUCGCGUUGGUGGCGCUGGUGUCUCUCUUGGCCCUGCAUGAAAAUAACAGGAAGGUCUUCUGUGGCUUUGGUACCACCAUAUUCUCCAUUAUCAUGUAUGCCUCACCCCUAUCAAUUAUGAGGACUGUGAUCAAGACUAAGAGUGUUGAAUUCAUGCCAUUCUUCCUGUCACUGUUUGUGUUCUUGUGUGGCACCUCUUGGUUUGUCUAUGGUCUCCUCGGCGGUGACCCUUUCGUUUAUGUGCCCAAUGGCUUCGGUUGUGGUCUGGGGACCGCGCAGCUGAUCUUGUAUUUCAUAUACAGAAACAAAAAGGGGGGGACCAAGAAACCAUCCAGUACUAGUGUAGAAGAUUCUUUGGAAAUGGGGCUCCCAAAACCAAACCAAGAAAAGAAAUCCAACACAAACGGAUCAUUAGCUCAGUCAGAACAUGAUGUCUAAGACACAUGCAUGCAACAUGGCGUACAAGGUUCAAGCCAGCCCCUAGCUUGGAUUGGACAACCACCUUGAUCAUUUUCAAUGAUCCUAUUUUUCAGUUUUUAACUUUUUAAUAUCAAAUUUCACUUCUGCGUGAUCUAGUACUGCUUCAAUCAUGUAAGGGAACUUUCGGUGGCUUGCUUAAACAUUUAGACCUCUGCCUCUUGCUGAUUUUGCUCUAGAAGUUGGAUAUUACAUGCUUAAAUAUAUGUUCCAAUUAGUGUUUGAAUCACAAGUGCACAUAUUACUGCACUAA